AUGUCUGAGGGUCUGUUAGGCUCACAGAGAGGCCUGACUGACUGCAGUGACCGUAAAGAGGGAACCCUGAAGUCAGUAUUUUCCAGGUCACCUUCCCAGAGGCUCCUGCUAGCCUCCAAGCCUCUGCCUCCCAUCCAGAAGCGCCUUCCUUCCUCAGAGCCCAGGAGGAUGAGGGACAGAGAGCAGAAGCAGGGGAGCCCAGGAGCAGAAAGGGGUGACAGUGAUGGAAAGAAGAAGGAGCCGAUGUCAAUGCCAAAAGCCUAUAAAGCUUCCCAGCGAUCCUGGUAUUGCAGUGGUGGGAAUGAGAAGAUGUCACUGGGAAUGCCUUUGAUUCCCCCUAUCCCAAAGUCAGCAAGACCAUUGGAUGAGGCUCCUCACAGCACUGCAGUUCUCCCAAGCUCUCAUCACCUGUUUUUUCAGAAGGCUCUGGAGAUAAGGCCAAGAUCAGGCAGCAGAGGUGAAGAGAAGAUCCUUAACCAGAUGACCAUGGGAAUGCUGACCCACCAUCAUGUUGGAGGUGGCAUGAAGCCUGACAGAGAAUUACGUGAACCUAUGGCCCCGUUACAUCUCCUUCCUAUCCAGACCAAGGAGAUGGAUCAUCUCAUGAGCCCUUGCCGUCAGAGUGGUGACAACUCAAAGACCAGAAAUGGAAGGCAACAGUCCCAGAUGCAACAGUGGUGCCAGGAGGCAGCUGUUACUCCAGGGCUGAGCUCUGCGACCCCACUGCUGGCCACUGCUUCGGACUCUGUAGAAUGUGGAGAGAAGUCAGAGCAUGGAGAUGACCAGGAAGCCAGAUCCUUCUCUGACGCACAGCAGGGUCUGCUCGACUCACUCAGAUGGCUCAGCAGUGAUGACUGGAAGGAAAAGACCAAGGUACUCCUCAGUGCCAGAUGCCUGGCUAUCUGCCACUCAAAAGUCCUUCUUGGGAGACUUCAUGGUGUUUCCUUGGCAGUCACCAAAGAGGUGAACAACCUCCACUGGAAGGCUUCUGUGCUUGCUAUCAACACUCUUGAAGAGCUCUUCAGGACCAUGAAGAAGCACAUGGACCCUUUUGUGGAUGCGAUUGCUCAGGAAUUGCUCCAGAGGAUGAGCAAUGACAGGGAGCACAAUGGGACCUGUGCUUCUGGCCCUUGUUUUCCCUCUGCUCGAGUGUUUGCUCUCUUGUUUCCAAUUUACUGCACCAUCCUGGUGCAGAAGUGUGUGGCUGAACACAUACUGCCCACAGUGAAGCAAACUGGAGCCCAGAAGCUCCUGUCUGGCACACAUUACAGUACUGAGGUGUUUGUUCAUGCUGUGGUGAAACUUGCUGAGGAUUGUAAUCAGGACAUAAGGCAUUAUGGAUGGACGAUGCUGAGUAUAUUCAUGAGUCAUCAAAAAUCUGAGAAGUAUUUGAAACAGUCUGUUCCCUCACAUGACUUGAAAGAUGCUAUGGCAACAAUAAGGCAGAAAAUUGUUGGUGCUUUUGUCCUGAGGAUUCAGGACUGCAAUGAGAAAGUGAAGCAGCAGGCGCUGGAGGCGCUGGCUUGGAUGACCUCCCAGCUCAGAGAUGCCUUACACCCAGUGCUGGUGUCUCUGGUAGAAGCAGUGAGAGAGAACCUGAACUCAAAGAACCCAAGGAUCCAAGGACCUGAAUUGCUGUGGACUGUAGCUGGUGAGCUGGUUAACCAGAAGCUGUGGUUUGGUGAAGUCCUUAUGCACCAGUUCCCAGAUAACACAUUGCUGCUCCGGACACUUGCCCAGCGAGUGUGUAACCUCAGCAACCAUGCUCCGCUGGAUGUCACAGAAUAUCUCUCAGGGAACAUUGUGAAGGUAAAUGCCAUAAAAAUUGAGAGAUGCUCAAAUGCCAUGGCAAUGGAUGCAUCUCUUUACCCACAGAAACCCCAAGCCAUCAAGUGCUACUCCCUGUCUGUGCUCUGGUUCCUCCUGGGAAACAGAGCCCUGCCUGUUCGAUAUGGCAAUGUCUGGGCUGUGGUCACCAGGUUUGCAAAGAGCCUCCACCAAGUGCUGGGCUCCAGGCUGCAGGAGUAUCCUGCCAUGCAGCCCCAGCACGUGGUGAAAACCCUCUGGCACAUUUUGGACCUGAAUGCCAGGUGA